AUGGCUGACCGGCGGCGGCAGCGCGCUUCGCAGGACACAGAGGACGAGGAGUCCGGUGCUUCCGGCUCAGACAGCGGCGGCUCCCCGGCUCGGGGCGGCGGGGGCUGCAGCGGUAGCACCGGAGGCGGCGGCAGCGGCUCUCUGCCUUCCCAGCGCGGAGGCCGAGCUGGGGCCCUCCAUCUGCGGCGGGUGGAGAGCGGGGGGGCCAAGAGCGCUGAGGAGUCUGAGUGUGAGAGUGAAGAUGGCAUCGAGGGCGAUGCUGUUCUCUCGGAUUAUGAAAGUGCAGAAGACUCAGAAGGUGAAGAAGGGGAAUACAGUGAAGAGGAAAACUCCAAAGUGGAGCUGAAAUCAGAAGCCAAUGAUGCUGCUAAUUCUUCAGCAAAAGAAGAGAAGGGAGAAGAAAAGCCGGACUCCAAAGGCACUGUGACGGGGGAGCGGCAGAGCGGGGAUGGACAGGAGAGCACAGAGCCUGUGGAGAACAAAGUCUCCAAGCAUUUGGAUGACGACGAAGAUCGGAAGAACCCUGCCUACAUACCCCGGAAAGGGCUCUUCUUUGAGCAUGAUCUUCGAGGGCAGACUCAGGAGGAGGAAGUCAGACCCAAGGGGCGUCAGCGGAAACUGUGGAAGGAUGAGGGUCGCUGGGAACAUGACAAGUUCCGGGAAGAUGAGCAGGCCCCGAAGUCCCGCCAGGAGCUCAUUGCUCUUUACGGGUAUGACAUCCGUUCAGCUCACAAUCCUGAUGACAUCAAACCCCGAAGAAUCCGGAAACCCAGGUUUGGGAGUCCUCCACAAAGAGAUCCAAAUUGGGUUGGUGAGCGACCAAACAAGUCUCAUCGCCACCAGGGUCCUGGAGGGACCCUCCCACCAAGGACCUUUGUCAGUAGGAAAGCUGCAGGUACCGGUCGCAUGUCUGCCCCUAGGAACUACUCUCGAUCUGGGAGCUUCAAGGAAGGUCGUGCUGGAUUCAGGCCUGUGGAGACUGGCGGACAGCAUGGUGGCCGGUCUGGUGAGACUGUUAAACAUGAGAGUAGUUACCGGUCACGGCGCCUGGAGCAGACUCCUGUGCGGGAUCUGUCUCCAGAAGAAGAUGCUCAAGUGCUUGGCAGUCCUGAGAAGGAAGAGGUGGCCUCAGAGACACCAGCUCCUGUUUCUGCUCCUGACACUGCACCCCCGCCCCCUGACAGACCUGUUGAGAAGAAGUCCUAUUCCCGUGUAAGAAGAACCAGAACCAAAGCUGGAGAUGCAGUCAAGAUUGCAGAGGAGAUGCCGCCGCUACCCGAAGGGCUGACCCCCACCCCUCAAGUUCCAGAAACUACUCCUCCUUCACCUGCUAAGACUGGGAACUGGGAGGCUCCAGUGGAUUCUGCUACAAGUGGACUUGAGCAAGACGUGGCACAAUUGAAUAUAACAGAGCAGAAUUGGAAUCCAGGGCAACCUUCAUUCCUGCCACCACGCGAACUUCGGGGUAUGCACAACCACAUACACAUGGGAGCAGGACCUCCACCUCAGUUUAACCGGCUGGAAGAAAUGGGUGUCCAGGGUGGGCGAGCCAAACGCUAUUCAUCUCAGCGGCAGAGACCUGUGCCGGAGCCCCCUGCCCCUCCCGUGCAUAUCAGUAUCAUGGAGGGGCAUUACUAUGAUCCACUGCAAUUCCAGGGACCAAUCUAUACCCAUGGAGACAGCCCUGCCCCACUGCCUCCUCAGGGCAUGAUUGUGCAGCCAGAAAUGCACCUUCCCCACCCAGGUUUACAUCCCCAUCAGACACCAGCGCCUCUGCCCAAUCCGGGCCUCUAUCCUACACCAGUGUCCAUGUCUCCAGGACAGCCUCCGCCUCAGCAGUUGCUUGCUCCUACUUACUUUUCUGCUCCAGGCGUCAUGAACUUUGGUAAUCCCAGCUACCCUUAUGCUCCAGGAGCACUGCCUCCCCCACCACCUCCUCAUCUAUAUCCUAAUACACAGGCCCCAUCACAGGUAUAUGGAGGAGUGACUUACUAUAACCCCGCCCAGCAGCAGGUGCAGCCAAAGCCCUCCCCACCCCGGAGGACUCCCCAGCCAGUCACCAUCAAGCCCCCGCCUGAGGUUGUAAGCAGGGGUUCCAGUUAA